UCAGAAUGAUUUCAAGUGUACGCCUCAUAUAUGCAAAAUUUCUAAAUAAUUCAUAAGUGCGUACGAAUCAUGCAGUCUACCGGCAGAAGCCGUCCCUCAGCAAAAGCGCCAUCGUCCACCGUGAGAAAGGGCCAUUUUUGGAUAUGGCGGGACCCAAACUCAGGCUCUUCCACCGAUCAGGUGGUGAAAGAUGUCGUGCUGACUAUAACCCAAGCAAUGGAGCCUGUCGAGAAGGGCGUGACAAAAAUACAGAAGACUUUCCAUCACAUGUCGCUUGGUUCCGACCACAAGGAAGAAGUAGAAAUUGAUGAACACUUGAAGGAAGAUGUCACAGAGAGCGGUCCCAAUGUGGUAAGUUCAGAGAAGAAGGUGAUGAAAGGUCGCUGGAUCCAGUGAUGGAGAUGAUCAGCUGAGAAGAUGGUGAGAUGAAAACUUUACAAAGAUUGAUGAAAGGCCGCCGAAUCCAGAGA